AUGACGCAGUUUUUGCCUCCAAAUCUCCUCGCGUUAUUCGCGGCGAGGGAUCCUAUACCAUAUUUGCCACCGGCGGCGAAGCUCCCGCAUGAGAAAAAACAAAAAGGCUACGAUGGGGUCGGCGCAUUCCUUAAUGUUUUUGAGCAUCCUUCAGAGACUCCGCCGCCCACGCGUGUGGAGACACGAGAGGAGCGCCUUGAACGUCGGAGAAGGGAGCGAGCUGAACAGACAGCAUACAAGUUGGAACAGGAGAUAGCUUUGUGGGAUCCGACAACGAAUACUAAAGCUACCGGGGACCCAUUCAAGACUCUAUUUGUUGCACGUGUUAAUUACGAUACCUCAGAAUCCAAGCUACGUAGAGAGUUUGAGGGUUAUGGACCAAUUAAAAAAAUCCACAUGGUAUACAGUAAAGAGAAUGGUAAGCCGCGCGGGUAUGCCUUCAUUGAGUACGAACACGAGAGGGACAUGCACUCCGCUUACAAACACGCCGAUGGUAAGAAGAUUGAUGGGAAACGAGUUUUGGUGGAUGUUGAAAGAGCUAGGACUGUGAAGGGAUGGCUUCCGAGGAGAUUGGGCGGCGGCUUGGGUGGAACGCGGCGAGGCGGCGCCGAUGUUAACAUCAAACACUCUGGCAGAGAAGACAACGAGAGGGAGAGGGAGAGAUACAGGCUGGAGCAGAGAGACAGAGAUAGAGAUGAGAGGAGGGACAGGGAGCGUGUUCGUAGAGGUCGCAGUCGUUCCAGGUCCCGUCGCAGGUCAGGCUCUCGGCCGAGGAGGAGAGAGAGGGAGAGAGAGAAGAGAGACGAAGAUGUUGACAGGACCAGACGUAGGAGAUCUCGUUCCCGUUCUGAGCGGCGCCGGGAACGUCGGGAUAGGGAUAAGGAUAGAGAGAAGGACAGGGAUAAGGAUAGGGAUAAGAGGCGGAGGAGGGAUAGGGAUAGGAAGGAGACGAAGAUCAAGCCCGAGGAUAUUAAGAUUAAGGAAGAACCUCAGGAUGACUAUCCCGAGUUCAGCUUGCCGCCCCUGGACGUUCAAAUCAAACAAGAACCGGAGGAUGAAAAUAAGUAUAACCCAGAAGAUGCAAACGGUGACGAUUAUAACUAUUGA